AGUGAGGAUGUGCGAGGCCUCUCUGGAAGUUGUCCCGGGUGUUCGCGGCUGGAGCUCCGGGUCGAGAGGACGAGGUGCAGCUGCUGGGAGAUUCCUCCGCUGCCUCCGGCUCCCGGAGCCCAGCCCUUUCCUAACCCAACUCAACCCAGCCCAGUCCUAGCCGCCAACGUCUGUCCCUGCCGCGGACUCCAGCGUUACCAUGAAUCCUGUCGUCUUCCUAUCCUUACCCGACCUCAGAUGCUCCCUGCUGCUCCUGGUAACUUGGGUUUUUACUCCUGUAACAACUGAAAUAACAAGUCUCGAUACAGAGAAUAUAGAUGAAAUUUUAAACAAUGCUGAUGUUGCUUUAGUAAAUUUUUAUGCUGACUGGUGUCGUUUCAGCCAGAUGUUGCAUCCAAUUUUUGAGGAAGCUUCCGAUGUCAUUAAGGAAGAAUAUCCAAAUGCAAAUCAAGUAGUGUUUGCCAGAGUUGAUUGUGAUCAGCACU